AUGGGGCAGCGCUUGAACCGCUGCCUCGAUGUCCCCGUCGCGCUGCCGCCGCUGAGGCGGAGGCUCCUGCUGCUCUUCAUCAUGCUCUUCCUCUGGCUCUAUAUGUUUUACUCCUGCGCCGGCUCCUGCGCCGGGCUGGCGACCCGCGGUUCUCCCGCACCGCCCCGCGCCGCCCCGCCGCUUCCCCAGCUGCUACCGCCGGUUCCGGGGGAGCCGGCCGAGGAGAGCAGCCUGGAGGAGCAACGGGCAGCGCCCGACGCCGUCAGCCCCAUCUCCGCCUUCUUCAACGGCUCCGGCACCAAGCGGCUGCCGCAGGCCAUCAUCAUCGGCGUGAAGAAGGGGGGGACGCGGGCGCUGCUGGAGUUCCUGCGGGGGCACCCCGACGUCCGCGCCGUCGGCGCCGAGCCCCACUUCUUCGACCGCCACUAUGAGCAGGGGGUGGUCUGGAGGGACCUCAUGCCCAGGACCCUGGAGGGGCAGAUCACCAUGGAGAAGACCCCCAGCUACUUCGUCACCAAGGAGGCCCCAGCCCGCAUCUCCUCCAUGUCCAAGGGCACAAAGCUCAUCGUGGUGGUGCGGGACCCCGUGACCAGAGCCAUCUCGGACUACACCCAGACGCUCUCCAAGAAGCCCGAUAUCCCCACCUUUGAGAGCCUGACCUUCAAAAACAGGACUACGGGCCUGAUCGACACCUCGUGGAGCGCCAUCCAGAUUGGCAUCUAUGCCAAGCACCUGGAGAACUGGCUCCUCUACUUCCCCAUCGGGCAGAUCCUCUUCGUCAGCGGGGAGAGGCUGAUCAGCGACCCCGCGGGGGAGCUGGGCAGGGUCCAGGACUUUCUGGGCCUCAAGAGGAUCAUCACCGACAAACACUUCUACUUCAACAAAACCAAGGGGUUCCCCUGCCUGAAGAAGGCGGAAGGCAGCAGCAAACCCCACUGCCUGGGGAAGACGAAAGGCAGGACCCACCCCGACAUAGACCAGGAGGUGGUGCAGAGACUGCGGGACUUCUACCGGCCCUUCAACAUGAAGUUCUACCAGAUGACGGGGCAGGACUUCGGCUGGGACUGAGGCUGGCGUGGGAAAGUCUCCUGUAAUUUCUUGCCCAGCACGGUUUGCGUAUAUAAAGAGAUAUAUAUGUAUGUAAAAUGUACAGAAAUCUAUUUUAUAAUAAUUUAUUUUUAAUUCCUAAGCAAUUAAUUCACUAAGCUGCCUAACCGCACUGGCUAGAAUGGUAGCCCGUAACCUGUUUAACAUUCCACGGUGUUUAAUUCUAAUAUGUCUCUCCUUUCCCCGCCCCCCCCCUUCUGUUUUCUCCUCUUUUUGGUUUGGUUUGUAACAGACGGUGCUUCCAUUUUUCCUAAACAAAAUUUGUAUUUAAAAAAUCAAAAAAAGGGAGGGUGGCAGGGGAGGGGCGGGGAGGGAGGGAAAGCACAAAUUUAUUUUUGUUACGGGUAUCUGGCCUUUAUAAACACUUGCUUUCCCUA